CUCAUAUUCUAUUCUCUUUCUUCAUAGUCAUUCUCAUAUUCAUUCUUUGUAAUAAAUUGUGUCUCUCCACGAACAGAAGCUACCAGACAAGAAAUUAUUUAUCUAACACUACAAAUAUAUUACGUAUUUCAUUACUUGAGCAGAAAAUACUAAAAGCUUAACAUUUUUAUUUUAGAAUUUAGAAUUUAGUAUUUUAGAAUUUAGAAUAACACUUUCUUUAAUUUGUUAGCCUUCUAGUGUUUGUAAACUACUUGUCUGUGAAGUCACGUUAUUAUGUUUUUGCGCUUUGGUUUCAAAUCAAAAAAUUCUGUUUGUGGAAAGUUUAGUUUUUGUAACCUAAACGAGUGCAUUUCAAUUAAUAAUUAAAUAUAAUCACGAAUAAAAACAAAGCAUAAGGAGCAAUUUGUAGAGUCACCUGACUCACGUUUCUGUGAUUACGUAGGAAAAUUACAUUGUAGAGACAUUAAGUACUUUUUGGAAGCGGGAGAAGUGAAAAAUGAGCAACGCCUUCGCCGAGAAUCGAACCACGGACCUCUGGAAUACGCGCCCAGCGUGCUGACCACUACACUACGAAGGCAUGCUAAGAAGGCGGGAGAAAUACCUUAUAACAUCUUUAGGAGAAAAUCAAGGAUUUUAAAAUGUAAUAAUAACGAUACAGUGUGACCUCUCAUGAGAGACACCUGUGAACAUAGAAUAUCUCUAUUUAAAGGACACACUUCUCGACCCAGUUCCUUAGUAUAGGAGUCCCGAUGUGUUAAUUAUGUAAGAGAACCUCUAUUUAAGGCCUAUUACAGAGAUUAAAAAUUAUUUCAAAUAAAUAUUAUAUUUCUACUCAAAAUUCAGAUAAUGCUCGCAUGACAAGAUUUUAAAAGAAUUUACUGCAGGAAGAUAAAGUUCCUAGUAGUAAAGAUGUUCAAGGAUCAAAUCUUGUGAUUAGACAGAUGGCGUUUGUCAGUUAGAAGGAGGUUAAGGUAGAGGUAUUGAAAUUGCCGACAGACAGCUAAUGAUAGAGAUGAAAGGUACUUCUAUUCUCAAGAAAACUUCUUUUAACUUAGCAUUUCAAUACUUACAAUGUAAACAUUAAUCGGAGCAGAAGGCGUACAGUGAAAAUUAUGGAAGGAACUGGAGUACAGGAUUUCCUGCAAAAAGAUGUGCUAUGUCCUAAUUGUCUUUAAAUGACAUGUGUCUUUGUCCCUCGCUUUUUUAUCAUGAAAGAAUUCCAUUCAAAGGAGCUGAAGUUUGGGUGUACGCUUGGAUCUACAAAAACUACAGACUCAUUGAACUACCUUGGGAUUCCCCGUGGACGUGGAUUCUCUGUUGGUUUCUUACAGAUUUUGGCUAUUACUGGAUGCACAGAAUGAUACAUCAAAUCAAUAUUCUGUGGGCUAUUCAUGAGACCCAUCAUACACCAGAAGAUAUGAUGUUUACAUCACCCAUGAGGAAUCAUAUAUUUCUUUUGCCUAUACACUGGCUGACGUACCUGCCAAUGGCAUUUGCCAUUCCACCGACAACCUACCUAGUACAUUACCAGAUAAGCAUUAUUUACCAGUAUUGGCUACACACGGAGAUCAUCGGUAAAUUGCCUGCUGUUGUUGAAUUCGUUCUUUGCACACCCAGCCAUCAUCGGGCUCACCAUGGACGUAACAGGCGUUACAUCGACAAGAAUUUUGGUGGGUUUCUCAUAAUUUGGGAUCGCCUUUUUGGAACAUUCGAAGAGGAAGAUGAGCAGGAGAGACCACUGUAUGGAGUUACAACUCAAAUGCAGUCAUUCAAUCCCCUAGUUGUACAAACUCGUCACUUCAUAACAAUAUGGAAAAAGUUCUGGGAAUAUGAAGGUAUCAGCAAUAAGCUAUCUGUAUUAUUCAAAGGUCCAGGUUGGUCGCCUGGAAAACCAUGGUGUGGUGAUAUAAAAGAUAUACCUCAGCCUGCUCCUCAUUUUGAAAAAUAUGAUCCUCAGAUGCCUUUGUGGUGCAAAUACUAUACAUUCAUUCAUUUCAGUCUGCUUGUACAUGCUUACCUGAUGUUUGUUUUGAACGUGGGACUUCUCUCCAAGAUUACCACAACAGCAGUAGCCUCACUGAUCUCUUAUUCCUGCAUAUCAUUGGGCUUUUUACUCGACAACAGCCACUAUGGACCAGCAGCUGAAUGCUUCAGAUGCAUUACCUAUUUCGUAGUGGAUAUGAUAAUUUCAACAGAGAUACAGCGGUUUGGUAUUGCACCUCAUCUUACGAUGCUCCUGAACAGAGCUAUAUUUGCAUCUUCUAUCAUAGUGUGGAUCAGUUUUUUCAUAUUUUACAGUUUACAAAAAUCUUCCAAGGAAAAGUUCCAAUAAACUUCAGUUUAUUAUGAUUUAUGCUAUUAAGAAUGGUAUUAUAAUUUCUUCGUUAUAUGCAAAAAGCUGUCUUUAGUAGACUAUCUUUUACAUCGAAUGUGAUCUGCAUUUUGUUAUUCUCCCUCCAAUGCCAGUAUUACUGUUGCAAAUGACGGAAACUUUUAACGACAUGUAUAUUUGAGUAGUAUUUGAGUUGUAGAACGUUGUAAGAAGUGCAUUAUUAAAAAAUAAGCUUUUGCGUGCAAAAUAAUCAAGAAGCAUGAGAAACAAGUACCAAAGCCUGCUCUGAAUUUUAAAACUUAGCCAAAAUUAGUCAUAAUUAAUUAUAAACUUAGACAUUCCUUAUUAUCAGAGCAAAAUAUUUUAAUUGCAUAACAUUUUUGUUUAUGCCUGAUAGAAGUAUAUAAAAAUAAUUCCAACCCAAACAGCAUUAAACACAUUAAAAUUAAAGCUUCUAUCAUAGAAUUCGUUUUCGUCAUAAUUCACGAAAUGACUGACAAAAUAAUCAUAGGAGCGCUGGAGACAUUUCAAGUGUUCAUAUUCAAGUCCUCAAAAGUAUGAUGACUAUGCAUAUAAGGGGGGGGUUAGUUUAGUUAAAUUUAAAAGCAUAUAAUUCCAUUGUUUGUUAUAUAAAAUAAACUACUUCAUAGUGCUGGAUUCACACAUAUACACAGGGGGAUAUACAUUUGCAUAACUACAUUUUAAAAAGAUGUUUCAACAUUCAAAGUCUUCAGCUGCUGUGCUUUCUGACAAUACCUAAAAUAAUCAGUUUCAAACUAUCUAAGCUGUGGAAGAUCAGACCUUACUCGAAGGAACUUGCGUUCUUUGAAAGUUCUGUAAGAGACUUUAAUUAAGUUAUGCAAACAAGGAAGCUGAGGAAAAAUCUUACAUUUCUUAACAAAACUCCACAGCUGGAAAUUAAAAGAGAUAAUAUAGGAAAAAAAGAAUAACUCUUCUAUCGAACGACCAUACCCAAUGCAAUGUCUUAAAUUUAGAUAACUCUGGAUUCAUAUAAAUUGCAACUAAUGUCAAAUAUAAACUGCACUGGCUUAAAUAACUCUGAGUGUCUAUGUAUGAUCAGAAAUCACUCCAUUUUAAUUGGAAAAUGGUGUCUGGGAUACUCUAGAGCUGUGGAUUACAAAUAGUGCCAACAUGCCUGGAUCUGCACGUUUGCUUUUAAAGACAUUUCCUAAUGAUUGUAAUUUUUAAUCCAUUGAUGGAUGGUCCUUCAUAUAGGCACUGUCUCUUGAAUUACAUUCUGAAUUUUGUUCUUUCAUUUCAAAUCCUGAUUGCAAUAAAUCCCAUUGCUCAAACUGCCUUUUCUUGGGAUGUUCUUUGUUUCUUGAUAUUUGAUAUGUUCCAUAAGAAUUUAGGAUUAUCUAUCAAUUUGUAGAAUUCCUCACUCUUUUUGUCUAAGAUGAACGUCGAGGAACCUAGUGAACUGGUUAUCGACUUAUCGCUGAGUUCAAACAACUAAAAUGUAGACUCGAGAAGGAUUAAAAUACCCUUUAUUUCACUCAAAAUAAUAAUAACAGUCGGCCCCUUCUCGGACUUACAGAAGCCUCUACUUGGGCUUUAACUCAGAAAUAACUUAUAACUAACUAAAGCAGACUUAGUUAAAGCUAAAUACAAGCAUCUAACGUAGUUGGCCCUUAAUUUAAACUAGCCGGCGAAAAUUAAAAGGCAAGUAAUAAUACGACUGAGCGUAAGCCGUAUUAUUACUUGCCUUUUGAUAAUUUGCCUUCCCUUAAAUACUUCCUCUGACUCAUUUACAUUUAACAUGAUUCUAAAAACUCAUUCUGGUAGGGAAUUGUAAUCGAAAACAAGAAUCGAUAGGAAAGGUCUUCCAAAUUAAAAAUAACUGCUAUAAAAUUAAAAUAUAAAAUAAAUAAAAUUAAAAUGUUAUAAUAUAAAAUUACAUAAUCAAAUAUCUUAUAAUUUGAUUAUGUAAAUUUACUAUGAAUGCUUUUACGCUCUGUGUUUGGAGACUAUGUAAACAAUUAUGUUUUAUAUUUGAACUACAAUUUGUUUUCCUGCAUCGCAAAGUUUUACAUUUAUUCUUGAAGCACUGAGCAUUUCGAAAUAAUAAUAAUGAUGCCGCAUACAUGAAACAUUGCAUAUCGAGAUAUAUAUUGCAAACCAUGCCAAAGUAGCUUCUUUUAUUUCAUGUCUUACAUGUACUGUUUUUUACUAGGUGCUUAUAUGUGAAUGCAUGUGUAAAUUUUGAUAUUACCAUUGUAAACGUAACAUAUAUGUGAAAUAAAAAUUUUAUCUUUC